GCCGCACGGACCGCACCACCCGGCCUUCGGCGGACCGUUCCCGCCGCACGGCGGGCCGCCGUUCGGGCCGCAGCACAUGGGCGGCCCCAUGCACGGCCCCGGCGGCCCCAUGGGGCCCGGCCACAUGGGCCCUGGACACAUGGGGCCCGACCGCAUGGACCACGGACGACACACGCCCUACUUCAACCAGCCCGACUACAGGAUCCACGAGCUGAACAAGCGGCUACAGCAGAAGUCUGAGGACAGCGACAGCCUGUGGUGGGACGCCUUCGCCACCGAGUUCUUCGAGGACGAUGCCACGCUCACCCUCACGUUCUGUUUGGAGGAUGGACCCAAACGAUACACCAUCGGCCGCACGCUCAUCCCGCGCUACUUUCGGAGCAUCUUCGAGGGCGGCGUGACGGAGCUGUACUUCAGCCUGCGCCACCCCAAGGAGUCGUUCCACACCACCAGCAUCACGCUCGACUGCGACCAGGCCACCAUGGUUACCCACCACGGCAAGCCGCUGCUGGCCAAGGUGUGCACCGAGGGCCGCUUCAUCGUCGAGUUCACCUUCGACGACCUGAUGCGCAUCAAGUCGUGGCACUUCGCCACGCGCGGCGUCAAGGAGCUGAUCCCGCGCUCGGUGCUAGCGCUGCACGCGCAGCAGGACCCCGGCCUGGCCGAGCAGCUCGGCAAGAACAUCACCCGCCAGGGCCUGACCAACGUCACGCUCAACUACCUGCGGCUAUGCGUCAUCCUGGAGCCGAUGCAGGAGCUGAUGACGCGCCACAAGGCGUACUCGCUCAGCCCGCGCGACUGCCUCAAGACCACGCUCUUCCAGAAGUGGCAGCGGAUGGUGGCUCCGCCAGGUGGGCCAAACCACCCCCAUAGCAAACCGGAAGAGAAUCAGCGUCCGCCCAGCAAGCGGCGAAAACGGAAGGGCGCGGCGGGCGCGGCAGGCGCAGCCGCCGCCACCAAGAAGGGCCGACCGCCCUUCAACCUAGCCGGACAAGAUGUGAUGGUGGUGGGCGAGCCGUCGCUGAUGGGCGGCGAGUUCGGGGACGAAGACGAGCGACUCAUCACGCGACUGGAGAACAGUCAGUCGGAGCCGAACAGCGGCGGUGGCGCCGGCGGAGGAGGCGGCGGCGGAGGUGGCGGAGCCUCCACGCCCAACUCGCAGGACUCGGACAAGAAGUCGCCGGCAGUCGGCCAGUGA